AAUAAUAGUUUAAGCCCUCUUUCUUCUUCUUCAUCUUCUUCGUUCAGCUGUAAACUGAUCAGAAGCUCUAUCAUUCUUCUCUGAUCUUCCUUCUUCUGUACUUAAAAUUCGGAUACAGAAGAUCAUCGAUCCAAUUCCUUGCCGGCGUUCUUUCCUAAAGUCCGUCUCUUCUCAACUUUCCUGUCAGCAAGAUGCAGACGAUAUCCAAUUACAAGCUACCCCACUUCUUUAACUAUCCUCCAUACUUCACUUUGCAACCGGUUAAGGACACUCGGGAGAAGCAGAUAAAUCUUUGGAAGGAAUUGAUACUUGAUUAUUGUAGAAGUGAAAAGAAGUUUGUUAUUGAAGUUGAGAAAGAAUUCCCGUUGUUUACGAAUCCAGUUAUUGAAAGGUCUCUUAACAAUGAAGCUAGGGUUGUAAUUCUUUCAGCAUUAGUGUCUGAUGGAAGAGCUGAAUGGAUGGACAAGGGGCAUCGGAAAUGUCUUGUGCUCUGGCACCGAAUUCAGGAUUGGGCAGAUCUGAUUUUAAAAUUCGUGAAAGAUAAUGGUUUAGAAGAUAGUGUAAUGACAGUCGAGGAGAUUCGUUCUGGAGCAGAAUCAGGUGGUACAGAGAUCCAUGGGAUUGAUCGUGGCGUUCUAAUGAGGGCGUUGAAACAAUUGGAGCAUAAGGGGAAGCUUACAAUAUUCAAGGGUACUUCAGCUGAUGAUGAAGGAGUUAAAUUCUCUGUAUAGAGAGAAAUAAGAUUUUGUUUGGUUUGUUAUUGUGUAUUCUCUAAUAAUUGUAUUCAGUGUUAUUUUGAACUCAAUUGUAUCUGGAACCUGCAAGUUAUUACUGAUUAUAGUAUAAAUGAAGCCAAUUCUUCAUUUGUUGGACA